AUGGCUUUCAUAUUCAUCAAAACCCUAUUCCUCUUCGUCUCCUUCUCAGGCCUCAUACUCCACGCCCACGCCCACACCGCCCGCUCUCCGCAGGCCCGCGUCUGGUCCCUCUGCAAGUACACCACCAACCCCGUCGUAUGCUACAAGACCAUUAUUCCCUAUGCCAUUGGUGUCAAGAAAUUCAACUACUACCAAGCCCUAGAAGUAGAGAUUCUUGCGACACGCGACCUGGUGAUGAACACUACGAAUCUCAUCUCCGUGCUCCUGGCGAACCCAGGCAAUUCCAAGGACCUCAAAGACUCACUGCAAACGUGCUUCGAGCAGUACGAUAACAUUAAAGACUCCAUCAAGGAGAGCUUGAACCUAGUGGCACAGCGCAACGUCAUCGAGAUGCGCUUCAAGUUCAGCGCGGUGCUGUCGUACCUCGCCGCUUGCACCGAUGAAUUUCCGAAUUCGCCGAUUGAGAAGGAGGGGCAGGACUUGUUCGAUCUCGGCGGCAAUUGCUUGGACAUCAUGAAAGCCAUUGAGGAUAGAGAGAGUCGUCUUCGCCCAGGAGCAAGCCCAGUCCCAACCCCAAUCGUUGUUACCCCACCAUCAGCUCCUAGCCCAUGUCAGAAUGUGAUUGGGCCUUGCAGUUAG